AUACAACAUACACAAUUCUCUCUUAUAUUCGACUUUCUUAUUCUCUGUUUCCCCGUCUAAUGACAUAGCUUAGCGUUGGCCGCUUUCCGUUCCCGCCACCUUUUCUCUUCCCUCAUCAUCAUACAAUACAGAAAAAGACGACCUCAUGCUUCCCCUUCGCCGCAAAUCGCGUCGAUGGAUCACAGUCGUUGCGCCGCUUAUAGGAUUUAUUGUAUUAUUACAAUUCCUCCGAGGUCCGCAAUGGUUCAUAGUGACCCGAUCGCCAAGUCAACUUAGUCCUCGGGGCGCUUCGUCCCUGCACGACCAACCGCAUGAUCGAGUGAUUGCACCGACAAAACAAGCUCGACGAGAACAGCAACCGAUGAAAGUGCAGCCCGAACAGCAACAACCAAAAUUCGCAUGUCCGUCUCUACCCGGAAUCGAAAAUGUCCUCGUCGUACUCAAAACCGGAGUUACAGAAGCCCUGGACAAAGUCCCCGUCCACGCUCGAACCACAUUUCGCUGCGUUCCGAAUUAUGUCGUUUUCUCCGAUUUCACGGAAAAGAUUGAGGGCGUACAGUUGUACGAUGUACUGCAGAAUGUGCGACAGGACGUUCGCAUGACUAUAGAAGACUUUGAUAUUUACAACCGAUUACGGGUAUCAGGUCGUGCGGGAUUGCAGGAAGCUGAUUCCACAGAGGAGGAAAAUGGGGUUUUUGGCAUGCCGAAUAAUCCCGGAUGGAAACUCGAUAAAUGGAAGUUUCUGCCUAUGAUCGAUGAGGCGCUUAAAGCGAAGCCGGAUGCGAAGUGGUAUGUGUUUAUGGAGGCCGAUACACAUAUCGUCUGGGCGAAUCUAGUUGCGUGGCUUGACCGGCUGGAUCCGGAGGAGCCGUUAUAUUUGGGGACGGAGACACAGAUUGGGGAUGUGUUGUUUGCCCAUGGUGGAUCCGGUUUCAUUAUUUCGCAGAAAGCGAUGAAGAUGGUUUCGAAACAGCAUGCGAAAAAUGCUACGGCCUAUGAUGAGUAUACCAAUGAAGAAUGGGCUGGGGAUAUGGUUUUGGGCAAGGUGUUGAAAGAUGCCGGGGUUGAUUUGACGUUUACCUGGCCCUUGCUACAAAAUGCGCGGUUGGGAGAGAUUGAGCCGUUGACGAAUAGCUUUUAUCGACAGCCGUGGUGUUUUCCUGUUGUUGGAUUUCAUCAUCUUACUCCGCAGGAUGUGGAGGAGAUGUGGAAAUUCGACCAGGACUGGUUCAUCAAGCGAAAGCGCAAAUAUCUCCUCCACUCCGAUGUGUUCCGUGAACGCAUCCUCCCGCAAAUGCGACCCGGCAUCCAGCGAGGCUGGGACAAUCUAUCCGGCGACUUAGUUGAGGACAUCCGAGUCGAAAACGUAAACGACUGUCGACGAGUCUGCGAAGAAGACGGUCUCUGUCGACAAUACAGUUUCCGAUGGAGCGAAGACCCAGAUUUCGAAGGUGAAAUGAGACCUGAAUGUCGAACUUUUGAGUCUCCGCGAUUGGGCGUUCCGCGUGAAGGGACUCAGUCCGGUUGGAUGAUGACUCGGAUCGAGGUUACGAGUAGAGCGAGGGGGAAAUGCGAGACUGUUGAUUGGGAGUGAUCUUCUAGAUUCUGGCUUAUAGAUCUCGUUUUCUAAUAUUCUGGUUGUGGUUGGCGUUUGGUUUGUGUACCGAUAUAGGCAUAGCUAUGGCGUUCGUUUGGAUUAUUGAUCCUGGAUGGAUCCAUGGACUGGAUACAAUCGUUAAGAGGGUUCGAAUAUGAACAAAACAAUUUCUAUUGUUUCAUUAUAUUAUCUCGCUGAGAUCGAUGCAAUGUACAAGCAUACAACAAGUCACCUAACUAUCUAAGUAGUCGAUCUCGAAGCAAUUCUCUUGGAAUGCAACUUCACCAGCUCCGGGAUGAUCAAGCUUUCAAUCUCGACUCCUCCGCCACCUUCUUCAUUUUCUCCUCUGCUUUCCCCCUUUUCUUCUUUCUGCUGUUCUUCCGGCUGAUCAGGAUGUUCCUGAUCAUGCAAUAUCUUCUCCGCAAGACCAAUCUGAUUCUCACUCCCUGAAAUAGAUUUACUCCUCUUCGAUUUGGGGACUCUAAUCCAUCUCUCAUGCGGUUCCUCGGGCGUAACAAAGACCACCUCCCAUUUUCGAGUCGAUAACAGAUUCCCAAUAACCAAAUGAUGCGCGUACCGCUGAAGAGAUGUACGGGCCUUAUACACGAGGAGUGUAGGAUCAGUCUCAAGUUUGAAAGAGACAAUCAUACUCCCCUCCGGAGCCCAUCCGUCCACAAGCCGAUGAAGGAAUUUCGGAACAGGAUCAAGAUCAAUAACCAAUUUUUUUGAUUUAUACUCCGUCUUUUCGACGUCGCCGGGUUGGUCCUCGUUGUAACCCGUGUAUACCUCAUCAUCUUGGAUAGGUUGAUGCUGGCCGAUAUGAGCCGGAAUCUCAGAAGAUUGAAUCUUGUGUUCUGCCAUUCUGUCCCUUGGAAUGAAGAAAUCGCUCACCGCGGCUGCGAGAUAGAAUAAUGCAUUUGCGCCCAGGGGCUUCAUUAAAUGCGCCAAUGAGCGGAGCUCGAACAUGUAUUCCGUCACUGUUGUGAAGGGUAGUACCAGCAACAGAUUGUUCUGUUUUGCGUAGCGAUAUUUGCGUAAUACGUCGCGCAUGGAGGAUUGGUAUUCCUUCCUGACUACGAUCGAGGAUGUAACGGGGUCUUCGUCCAUGAAAUCCAAAAAGCAGUUUGUGGAAUGGCUGUAGUGUCGCGAGUAGGGGAGUAAGGAGAACUGCCGGUGGAGGAAGAUGACGGCGUAGCCGUUCUCGAGGAAUUGCUCGGCGGAGGAGGCGCCGCGAGUUCCGGCGGAGAA